GUAUCGGGGCGGGUGUGGCUCGUGACAGCCCAGUUCAGGAAGCGAAUCUGCGGGAUGAUCAAACAGGAGGGUGACAUACAGUAUAAUUCUCAGGCUACUGGAGAAAAGUACCGGACUGAACUUUUCUGUAUUUUAAACGCGUGAAUAACACGGCCGGUGGAAAUGCUCAUUAAGGAGUAUCGUGUGAUCGUGCCUGUGUCCGUGGAUGAGUACAAAGUAGGUCAGCUGUACUCUGUGGCGGAGGCCAGUAAGAAUGAGACGGGUGGAGGAGAGGGGGUGGAGGUUCUGAAGAAUGAGCCGUACGAAAGUGAUGGAGAAAAGGGCCAGUACACACACAAGAUCUACCAUCUGCGGAGUAAAGUUCCUUCCUUCGUGCGAGUGCUGGCUCCAUCCUCCGCGCUGAAAAUCCACGAGAAGGCCUGGAACGCCUACCCGUACUGCCGCACCAUAAUUACAAAUGAGUACAUGAAGGAUAACUUUCUGAUCAAGAUCGAGACGUGGCACAAGCCGGACCUUGGCACCCAGGAGAACGUGCACGGUCUUGAUGCAGACACUUGGAAGAAGGUCGACGUGGUGCAGAUAGACAUCGCUGACAGAAGCCAAGUGGACACAAAGGACUACAAGCCAGAAGAAGAUCCCGCUUCUUUCAAAUCUGUGAAGACCGGCCGAGGGCCACUGGGUGCUGACUGGCAGAAAGAGCUCUCUGCGAUGGACUGUCCUUACAUGUGCGCCUACAAGCUGGUCACUGUGCAGUUCAAGUGGUGGGGGCUGCAGAACAGGGUGGAGAACUUCAUCCACAAGCAAGAGAAAAGACUGUUCACAAACUUCCACAGGCAGCUAUUCUGCUGGAUCGACAAGUGGAUUGAGCUAUCAAUGGAGGACAUUCGUCACAUGGAAGAGGACACGUCCCGGCAGCUGGACGAGAUGCGAGUGAAGGACCCGGUGAAGGGGACAGUGGUGACAGAGGACUGAGGGGGGGGCGUGACUGCAGCUCUCAGGGCAGACGCACAGCUCCACCAGCAUUACCUCCACGUUGACGUCUACAGGGUCCCAACACACCUUCCCUUUCAUUUGUCCUUUUUUAAUAUGACCUCAGCUGCUGGGAAUUUCUGCACUAACACUAACACUAACACUAACACUGAGCAGGCAGAGAAGUGUGGCCAUUAGUAUCUGUACAGGUGCUUGUACAUCAUUUCUUGCAUUUAUAGAGAUUAAUAUCACUGAUGUGUAUAUAUUCAUAGCACAAAGUGUGAACUAUUAACUGUUGGUAAUUAUUCAUCUGUUGUACACAGAGUGUUUAUUUUGGGUUUAUUUCAGUUCUGUUCACUUGUCAUUUAUACUGCUGGCUACUUGUUUACAAAUCUUUCAUAUACAUGAAUACAUACUCAGAUGUACUUCGGGGUGACAGACAUUUAGCGCCUUUGGUCUCUUUCCCCAGACCUGCACUGUGAUGCUGGGAUGCGAAUCAUGGUGUUGAUAUCAAAACAAUGUUUAUACUCUGUGUAGCUUGUCAGGAGUGGUCAUGUGUUCAUCUUAAAUUGUUUUACAGAUUUCAUGUGUUUUUUAAUGCCUGUUGCUGUAGUGGGCAUAUCGCACCAAAGACUGAGUUGGAAUGUAACUGUUGCAGAGAAAUGCUGUAAAUAUUCCCUUUCUGGGUGUAUUUUUAAGGUCCAUUUUGUAAUACUUUUGCUAUGACCGUUAUAAGUAAAUUUAAAAUAAGGGGCAGCUUAUGUGAGAGGCUUCCUCUCGCGUCGUUUCUGGGAUGCAAUAGGAAAUAUAGAUGACAGGAUUCCCUUCUA